AUGGACGCCGUGAUUCCCUUGAUCCCUCCCUAUCAUCAUUCGUCGAUGAUCGACGACUUCGUGAAAAACAAUUUUUAUUGUCAUGUGAACGGGGUGAUAUUGGAAGUGCGAUGCCUUGAAACGGCGAAGCAGGAUGCCUUUGAUAUCAAUUGCGUGGACCCUUUGGGAAGAAGCGCACUACAUAUCGCCAUUGAAAAUGAGAACAUCGAAAUGAUAGAAUUGUUAUUGGAUCAUAAUAUCGAAACUGGGGACGCUAUACUUUAUGCAAUUGGGGAGGAAAAUGUGGAGGCGGUCGAGAUUAUCGUGGAACAUUUGGAAAAAAUUGAUAAAUAUAAUCCUGAGACGCAAGGCGUAGAAAUCAACGAACACUCAGCCUUCACCCCCGAUAUGACACCAAUUAUAUUAUCGGCACAUAAGGAUAAUUACGAGUGUAUUAAACUAUUUUUGGACAAAAAAGCCACCGUACCACAUCCACACGACGUUCGGUGUUGUUGCCCGGAAUGCGAAACCGCUCGAGAAGAGGACUCUCUUCGAUUAUCAAGGUCUAGACUUAAUGCUUAUCGGGCUUUAACUUCGCCGAGUCUAAUUUGUCUUUCCGCAAAAGAUCCAAUUCUAUAUGCGUUUGAAUUGAGCUGGGAGCUACGACGAUUAUCUUAUAUUGAAAACGAAUUUAGAAGCGAAUAUCAAGAAUUAUCACAAAAGUGCCAAAAAUUUUCUGUGAACAUGCUGGACCAAGUGAGAGGGAGCAAGGAGCUGGAGAUUGUCUUGAAUCAUACUACAAAAGCAUGGCAAGAUGUCACUUCACGCGGAACAGCCACUUCGGACCAAUUAGCGCGCUUGAAAUUAGCCAUUCAGUUGCGGCAGAAGAGGUUUGUCGCCCAUCCCAACUGUCAACAGUUGCUUGCCGGUAUUUGGUACGAUGGAUUGCCCGGGUUUAGGAAUCGACAUAUCAUUUUUAAAGUGUUACUAAUAUUGGCGGUAUCAAUGUGUUUCCCGCUGCUUUCAAUCAUUUACCUGGUCGCCCCCCACUCUACCAUUGGGAUGUUUGCCCGGAAGCCUUUUGUCAAAUUUCUUAGCCACUCGGCGAGCUAUAUAUUUUUCUUGUUUUUAUUAAUCCUGGCAAGCCAACGUAUUCAAUCGAUCGACAAUAUCUUUGGAAAGAGAACCUUCGAAGGGCACGAGGAAGUGAAUACAAGAAAAGAAAGUCGAGGCCCGCCGCCAACCCCUGUAGAAAUGGCCAUCCUUGCUUGGGUCCUAGGAUUAAUCUGGGUUGAGAUCAAACAGCUAUGGGAUUCCGGUCUACACGACUAUUGUCACAAUCUGUGGAAUAUCCUUGAUUUCAUCACAAAUUCUCUCUAUCUGUCGACAGCAGCAUUGCGGACUGUGGCUUAUUUUCAGGUAGAAGCCGAGGCCAGGAGUGAAGAUAUGAAUCAUAUAGCUGGAAAUCUAUUACGAAGGGACUGGGACGCCUGGGACCCCACCCUCAUCUCCGAAUCGGUCUUUGCCACGGCAAAUAUAUUUUCUUCCCUCAAACUCGUCCAUAUCUUUACAAUUAACCCCCAUUUGGGGCCAUUGAAGAUUUCGUUAGGCCGGAUGGUGCUCGAUAUUUUGAAAUUCUUCUUGGUGUACUGUUUGGUGCUGUUCGCGUUUGCGUGCGGGCUGAACCAGUUGAUGUGGUAUUAUUCGAGUAUGCGGGAAGUGGAAUGUGCGGUCUACAAAAGUAUGCUAGUCCACGAGCAAGAUCGCCGUGACGACUACGACUUUCAAAAAGACCUAAAGAAAUACGAGGACAGCUGCGACCCAAAAUAUCGGUCUUGUGCCAGUAUCUACCACACGGUGGAGACGCUGUUCUGGGCCAUGUUUGGACUGGUCGAUUUGACGCAUUUUUCAUUGAAAGAGGGCCAUCGGGUUACAGAAUGGACGGGAAAGACCAUCUUCGGCUCAUACUCGGUCAUCUCAAUCAUCGUGCUCCUCAACAUGCUGAUCGCCAUGAUGAGCAACUCGUACACGUACAUCUCCAAUCAAGCGGACGUUGAGUGGAAGUUUGCGAGGUCAAAGUUGUGGAUCGAGUAUUUUGACGAUACGGCGACUUUACCACCACCAUUUAACAUGAUUCCAAGCCCGAAAUCCUGCUAUUACGCGAUCCAAUGGGUGUUGGAGCGGUUCUGUUGCGCGAAAAUCGUGCAACAGGGCAAACAGAAGAGCAUGCGGAAGAUCAUCUCGAAAAUUUCGACGCGCGAGGCCGACUUUAGGUUUGUCACGCGAAAUCUGGUGAAGCGAUACAUUGCGCAGAUGCAGAGGAUGAAACAGCAAAAUGAGGGCGUAUCGGAAGAUGAUGUUAAUGAGAUCAAACAGGACAUCAGCGCGUUCCGGUAUGAACUACUCGGCAUCUUACGCUCGGCCGGCUUCAAUACAGGGCAUACAGACAUCAACCAGAAGACCUACUCCCGAAAUAAAAAGCGGUCGGCGAUGGCUGAGCGUCGGAUGUUGAAGGGGUUACCGGAAUUUGAGAUGCCGGUUCCGGAGAGUUUUGCAAAUGCGAGAAGGACGAGUAUACCAGGGACGCCAGAGUCGACAUUUACCGCUGCUUACAACGAUCGGCCCCGUCUGACGAAACAAAAACGGCAGAGCGAGGAGACUGUACUCGAAAUGAUUGAUGCCGACGAGAUUCUG